AUGUUCGUGUGCAUGUAGGUCAUAGAGAGAGCAGCUGAAUGUUAUAAAAAUAAAUCCUAUCUUAGAGUCUCCUCAAUUAUACAAUCAGAGGGAACAUUCGGUUAAAUUGGAGUUUAACUCCUUGAAGAUAAAGAAUUAGAAUAAGAAAUAAAAAGAAGAUUGAACUUAGAACAGAAAGCAAAGAUUAUCUAUGAAAGGGGUCCUGAAAUUGAUAGAAUGUAAAUUCCUUAAUAUACGUAUGUUCCAUCCCUUAAGACAUUUGUUUACGUUAAAGUGUAUAAUCCAGAAUCUAAAAGAUGGUCAUCAUAAUUCAUGUGCGAAUUCAAAAAUUGUAUGAUGAAUUUUAAAAAAUGGAAUAAUUUAUUUGAUCACCUCAGAGCUCACUGUGAUGAGAGGCCUUACCAUUGUCCGGUAGAUGGAUGCAGCAAAUAAUUCACAUAAAAAAGCAAUUUAGAAAAACAUAUGAAAAUCCACAAAAAUAAGUGCUACCUUAGAUGCUCAGUUUGUAAAAGGCUUUUUACUAAGAACAAGAUUAUUGAUCACUUUUAAGUGCAUGAAAAUCUUGGAGAUAUUGAUGAUUCUUAAAUUCAGGCCAUUGAUACCUAAUUUGAAAUGCUUAAUAAUUAAAAUUCAGACGAGGUGCCGAAUUAGAAUUAGUGA